GUUAGUUUCCUACAUUAAUCGCCACAAAGCAAUCAAACUCUGAAAACUCCGAGCUUCUCAGCUCUGCAUUCCCAUGGCUUCUUCCUAUUCCCCCCACCUCCCUUCUCCCAACGAUUCCGACAUCGACCUCAUCAUCUCCGAAGCCACAGAUCUCUGCAUUCUCGAACAGAUCGCCGCCCUCAACACCGCCCAUCUCUCCGACUUCACCCUUUCCACCGACCUCGAAUCCCGCUUCAGAAAGCUCAAAACUUUCCCCGGAUCCAAUCUCCCCUCAAAGCUUCCUUCCCAUUCUUCCCUUCAGGAGAAGGAGAACAUGCCCUCUUCUUCAAUCCAACCCGAGAACUUGAACGAAUCAGAUGAAUCCAAACCAGAGGUUAUCUCAAUCGCAAGUCCGAAACCAGAGAGAUUAAAGGAUUUGAAGGAGUUACGAACAUCAACUUCGGUGGAGAGAAGGUCUCCUUCGCCUACGCGUGUGAUGUGCUGCUUUGGGUGCUCGCCGAAGAAGAUGGUGCAGAGGAGAAAGGGGAAACAGUAUGAAGAGAUAUUCCUGGAGUUUGGAGUCUCCUCCAUGAAAGAACAUAGGAAGAAGUUGGAGAAGGUGUUGAAGGAGCAGGAGAGGAUGAGCAGAGAGGUGGAAAAGAUGGUGGAGGUCAUGGAGGAGGCUGCUGCGAGGAUGAAUGAGGAAACCAUGGAUGAGCUCAUGAGAGGAGAUGGAGUUGAAGAGUUUAAGUAGACGGCAAUGGUAUUUUGGCAUCUCAUUGUUCUUCUCUACAUGCUGUAGGUUGAGUGUUAUUUUUUCUUUAUUUUUUCUGUGCAUGCAACAUGUCUGUCGAAAUGUUUCUUUGGGUUCUCUAUUCAGCAUAUAGUAUUGAGAUUUUUACAAAUGCAGAUUGCAAUUCAUUUUGUUAAAGUGAGAGUAAGAAUAAAAUUGAGUAUAUAGAUCUGUAAAUGUACUACAUAGUGCUUAAACAAUGAACUUUGCCAGUAUCAUUUAAAUUCUUUUUAGGACUUGUUUG